CCCCCGCCCAGCCCCCGCCCCGCCGCCGCUGCCCUCCCCGCUCCGGCCGCGCAGCCGCGGCCCGGGGCGCCCCCGGCACGAUGAUCUCGCCCAAGGAGAAGAAUAAAACCCCGAAGGACAGCAUGACGCUCCUGCCUUGCUUCUACUUCGUGGAGCUGCCCAUCGUGGCCUCCUCCAUCGUGUCCCUCUACUUCCUGGAGCUGACCGACCUCUUCAAGCCGGCCAAGGUGGGCUUCCAGUGCUACGACCGCACGCUCUCCAUGCCCUACGUGGAGACCCACGAGGAGCUCGUCCCCCUGCUCAUGCUUCUCAGCCUGGCCUUCGCCGCCCCGGCCGCCUCGAUUAUGGUCGGCGAGGGCGUCCUGUACUGCCUGCAGUCCCGGCUGUGGGGCCGCGGCGGGGAUCCCGGCGGGCCCGAGGUCAGCAUCAACGCGGGCGGCUGCAACUUCAACAGCUUCCUGCGGCGCACGGUGCGCUUCGUGGGCGUGCACGUGUUCGGCCUGUGCGCCACCGCCCUGGUGACCGACGUCAUCCAGCUGGCCACCGGCUACCACGCGCCCUUCUUCCUGACCGUCUGCAAACCCAACUACACGCUGCUGGGCACGUCGUGCGAGGCCAACCCCUACAUCACGCAGGACAUCUGCUCCGGCCCCGACGCGCACGCCAUCCUGUCCGCGCGGAAGACCUUCCCGUCCCAGCACGCCACGCUCUCGGCCUUCGCCGCCGUCUACGUGUCGAUGUACUUCAACUCGGUGGUCUCGGACGCCACGAAGCUGCUCAAGCCCAUCCUGGUGUUUGCCUUCGCCAUCGCGGCGGGCGUGUGCGGCCUCACGCAGAUCACGCAGUACCGCAGCCACCCCGUGGACGUCUACGCGGGCUUCCUCAUCGGUGCGGGCAUCGCCGCCUACCUGGCCUGCCACGCGGUAGGCAACUUCCAGGCGCCGCCCGCGGAGAAGCCGGUGGCCCCCGCGCAACCCCAGGACGCGCUGCGGGCGCUGACGCAGCGGGGCCACGACGCCGUGUACCAGCAGGGCAAGGCGGGCAGCGCCGACGAGCUGGGCCCGCCCGGGCGGCUGGGGGAGGCGCCGCGGCCCGUGGCGCGCGACAAGAGCUCGCUGGGCAGCCUGAAGCGCGCCAGCGUGGACGCGGACCUGCUGGCGCCGCGCAGCCCCCUGGGCAAGGAGGGCCUGGUGACCUUCAGCCACACGCUGCCCCGCGCCAGCGCGCCCUCGCUCGACGACCCCGCGCGCCGCCACAUGACCAUCCACGUGCCGCUGGACGCGUCGCGCUCCAAGCAGCUCAUCAGCGAGUGGAAGCAGAAGGCGCUGGAGGGCCGCGGCCUGGGGCUGCCCGACGAGGCCAGCCCCGGGCACCUGCGGCCGCCGGCCGAGCCCAUGGCGGAGGAGGAGGAGGAGGAGGAGGAGGAAGAGGAGGAGGAGGAGGAGAGGGCAGGGGUGGGCCCGGCGGAGGACGGCCCCGCCCCGCCCUCGCUCUACCCCACGGUGCACGCGCGGCCGGGCUUUGGGCCGCGGGUGCUGCUCCCGCCGCGGCCCGGGCCGCAGCCGCUGGUGCACAUCCCCGAGGAGGUCGCGGCGGGGGGCGCCGGCCUGUCCCCCCAGAGCAGCGCGGCCGUGCGCGCCAAGUGGCUGGCGAUCGCCGAGAAGGGCGGCGCGGGCGCGGCCAACGCGCCGCGGCUGCUGCAGGUCAUCGCCAUGUCCAAGGCGCCCGGCGGCCCGGGGCCGGGGGCGCGCGGCGCCGAGACGGCCUCGUCCUCCAGCGCCAGCUCCGACUCGUCGCAGUACCGCUCGCCGUCCGACCGCGACUCGGCCAGCAUCGUCACCAUCGACGCGCACGCGCCGCACCACCCCGUGGUGCACCUGUCCUCGGGCAACGGGCCCUGGGAGUGGAAGGCGCGGGCGGCCGAGCCCGAGGGCGCCUACGAGCCGGCCGAGCUGGCCCGCGGCUUCCGCGUCGGCGCCCGGCCGCCCGGCGUGUCCCCGGGCUCGUCCGUCAGCGACGGCGACCAGGAGGAACCCCGUUUCGGGGCCGUGGCCACCGUCAACCUGGCCACGGGCGAGGGGCUGCCCCCGCUGGCGCCGGGUAGCCGGGAGGCGACGCUGCGGCGCCAGGCGGGCGAGGCGGAGGCGGAGGCCGAGGGCGGCUACCGGCGGGCGCAGGCGGUCCGCAGGUUCAAGGAGUGAGGGCCGGGGCGCGGCAGCAUGGGGGCCGGGGCCCAGGGCCGGGCGGGGGGUUCAACGUUUUGAGUCAAU